AUGUGUAGGACUGGUGGUGUCACAACUCGUUCAUCUGAGCCUUCGAAGAAGAACUUGUUCUUAGAAAGUUUGAACUUGGAAGAUGUAGACAUGCGCAAUACUAGUUCUGAUAGUGGGAAGAAUGGUUCUAGUUGCGAAAUUCAAGAUAAGACAUUGUUGAAUGUCUGGAACAUGGAGUUCAAUAUUGGACAGACUUCUCAAAAGUUCAUUAUCACCCACAGAGUUUGGGGUCUACGUGGAGAUGAAAUUAGUGAAAGGCUUCGUUUUUUAUUGAAGAAUGUGAUCGCGUUCAGGUGUAGUGGGGAGUUUUUGGAGAAUGUUGCAGAUGAGUAUGUAAAUAUCCCUGUGCUCCUGUACAGUGUCCACAGCCCUGAUACUUCCAUAGAUCCCAAAAGCAGGAAGCGGACAAUCACCCGCAACCUUCAUGAUGCAGUUUCAUUUUCAAGGCUAUCAGCUUUCUGUAAAUUGGUCAUCCAAGUUGGUUUGCCAUCCCUCAGUAGAAGGCCCAGUUCACAAUCAAGCUACACAUGUGGUGCCAUGGCUGUCAAUGACCUUGUACAGAUGCUAGCAGGCCAAGCUCGGCAGAAUAUGAUUAGCAUUUUGGAUUUAUCUAUGCCAGCACCUACUUUCACAGAGGUAGCAGAAGAUGUUGAAGACUUUCAAGCAGUGGAAUCCAUGACAGUUCAUGGAGUCUAUAGAGCAGGACGCCAACGGGCCUCAAUUACUAAAGUUAAGGAUGCAGAGGAGGUUUUGGGAAGGAUGAACUUGAAGACAUUGGCGACACGCUGUCUAAAAUGGUUACGACAUUGA